CAAAAAAAUAAAUAAAGUGGGACUUGUAAUUAGACUGUAAAGUGAUGUAAUUAGGUGAAGCAGCAGCUGUAAUCGUUAAGCGAUAUAACUAUACCAUUUUGUAAAUAAACCAUAUUUCACAGAGCGCCAGAGGGCCGCGAACGUACAGAGCGAAGUAUAUUGUAAAAAGGAAUUGCAGAGGACACGCGCGGCUGGUUUAAUUUCUGGCAUGAGUGCGAGAACGUUUUAUGUACACAAGGGCGACAAGUAAGCGCACGGUGCGAAACGGCCUCGAAAGUUAAGGAGGAAAGACUAAGGAAUCGGAGGCACCCCGAGCGCGAUGCAGCUCAUCUGCGGGUUAUUAUUAUUCUUAUUCUUAUUAUUAUUAUUAUUAUAUGCGUAAUGUAACAGAGCUCUGUAAAUUUUUCGUAAAGGGGCUUGCUGGGUUAUUGUCGCGCACGUACCUCGUCAAAGGGAAAGUAUGUUACAGGGAAAAGUUGUCGUGGCGUGUCAGCUUGUUGGCUAAAAAGUGAAGUAGGCUUUCAGUAGAUGAUUGUAUAUUUGUUAAAAGGAAGGAGGCGUGAAAGAGAGAAAUAGCGUUAUGCGCGAGGUGCAAGCCACUAUAAGAAGCUGUCAGCUUUGAUUUUGAACUCGAUUAGAAUACAACUGUUAUAUCGGGCAAUUAUGUACGAAGGAGAGAAAAUAAAAGUUCUGUUUUCAGUUACAUACGAUGCAAGCUGAGGAAUGCCUUCUCCUCCUUUCUCGUACCUUGACAUCUUCGCGAAGAUCGCAUCUCACACUCGUAUUUUUGUAUUGUUCCCGGAAACUGUGUCGGCGUUCUUUCGUAUACGAGCGGGCCGAGAUACGAGAGCGCGUGUAUAUAGAUUCGCUGCAGCACGCGGGAGCGAAGGUCUCGUUCGACGCCGCGAGCGAACUAUACAUAAUUCAAUCGCGGCCGCCGAGCGAUUUCGACAGGCCGAUAAAGCAGCGAUAUGACAGACACGCGCACACCCGAUUCGAGCGAGAUAUAUAUAUAUAUAGCACUGGCAUGUUAUUCGACAAAACAAUAAAGCUAGCGAGAAUUCAUAAUGGGAAUCACCACAAGUAAAAGUAACUGGUGGAGCUCAAGGUGCGCAACAAUACAAUGUACUAUAUGGAUUAUACAGACUGUAAACGCGCUCGCCUAAGAUGAACAUUGAAAAUACAAUCGUAUAAAAACUGGCGUUCGCUCGAGGCGUGUUAUGACGAAUUGGAAUAAAUGUUACAAAUAUGUUUAAAGCGCUACCUCGUUUACUUUAUUUCUCUACCGCCGCCACUUGCUUUACAUUUUUAUCCGAUUGCUUUGUUCAUAUUUAUACUCAUGAUUUGCAUGCGAUGUGCACGAUUGCAAGAUAAAGCGAUAAGUGCAUCGCAGAGCGUCUGGGGAAGCAAUUAUUUUUACGUUUCUCUCAUUAAAAUCCACGUGACUCGCACGUUCUGCUGAUUUUUAUUCAACAUUGCGCUCGUAUUGAGUGAAGCAACGGGACGGGCUGGCAAAUCUUAUUGACCAAGAGAAGCGGUGACGCACCGGCCACUUAUACGAGUGUAGAAUAGAAAACGAUGGAGAGGGAAAACAACUCGUUUUGUAACUCGUCGAAAAAUAAGAUACCGCUCUCGUUUGAGAUAAAGAGAGGAGAAAGAGCCGCAGUGGAGGCCUGCGAACGUCGCGAGAGUGCUGGAGUGCCCUCAACUACAACAGCAACUAGAGCGGAAUCGAAUCUCGAAAAAUUCUGUAUAAAUAAUGCGCAAAUGGUGAGAAAAAAGUGUAUCAUGGACUACGGCAAAUUCAUGACGGAGAUCAGUAAGCGGCGGAAGCCCAAUCUCAUUCGGCAGCUCACUGAAGCCUACAUGAAGAAUCCAGACGCCCUGUUCUUCGCCGGCGGACUGCCGAAUCCCCAAAUGUUCCCCUUCAAGGAGAUUUCCGUCACCUACAGCGGGGGCACUCGGAUGAAACUGGAGAAUAAGGAUCUCGUCUCGGCCCUUCAAUACGGACAGACGCAAGGACACCCGCCGUUGCUGAAAAAGUGGCGCGAGCUCCAGUCAAAGUGGCACUCGCCGCCGUACAGCGAGUGGGACGUGCACUUCGUAACCGGCUCGAUGGACGGCUGCAGCAAAAUAUUCGAGCUGCUGAUCGAGGAGGGCAGCCCCGUGAUGCUCCAGACGCCGACCUACACCGGCAUCCUCGGCGCGGCGAUGCCGAUGCAGCCCCACAUCGUACCGAUCGAGAUGGACGAGGACGGGGUCCUGCCGGAGGACAUCUCCAAGGCCUGCGAGGAGCGGCUCAAGAGCGGCAAGCCUCUGCCCAAGUUCCUGUACGUCAACCCGACUGGCGCGAAUCCAGUUGGAACGGUCUACAGCAACGAGCGCAAGGAGGAGAUCUACAAGCUGGCCCAGAAAUACGACUUUCUCAUCCUCGAGGACGACGCCUACUAUUUCCUGCACUUCCUCGACGAGCAGCCCAGGUCCUUCCUCUCGCUGGACGUCGACGGGAGGGUUCUCAGGCUGGACUCCUUCAGCAAGAUCUUGAGCGCGGGAAUCAGGCUCGGAGUGGUCACGGGGCCCAAGCCGUUGCUCCAGAAGAUAGGACUGCACCUGGCCUGCUCCACCCUGCACCCCUCCUCGCUCUCGCAGGUGCUGGUCUGCAAGCUCCUCGAGGCCUGGAGCGACGACGACUUGAGCGCUCACUUCGCCGAGAUACGGAGAUUCUAUCGCGACAAGCGCGACCUCAUGCUCAAGGUCGUCGAGAAGCAUUUCACAGGCAUCGCGGAGUGGUCGGCACCGAAGGGCGGCAUGUUCCUGUGGAUGAAGGUCAGCGUUAUGGAGGACGUCUACGACCUAGUGAUGAAUACCUGCGUGCCCCAGGGCGUCUUCGUGCUGCCGGGUCACGCCUUCUACGUCGAGGGAACGAGCAAGCCCUGCCCUUACCUACGUAUCUGCUACAGCCAAGCUCAACCCGACGACGUGGAAGAGGGAUUAGCCAAAUUAGCAGCGCUGAUUAGACAGGUGGCAAAAAAGGGAGACGAGCCAGUGAUCAACGGAGCUUGAACAUUCGAUUCGAACAGCGCUCGCCGGAAAACAAAAAACAAACAGCUGUGAUAACAAUGCGCGUACGCACAUUCCUAGCUGCUAACCAGUCGAGUUCGGAUGAAAUUUAGUACUUAAAUCUAUUAUGAUUCAUUUACAAACUAAUUGUAGUUUGUUUUUUUUUUAUACCUGUUGUACUGUGCUGAGAAAUAAAUCGCAUUUAAUUUA